GCCCGUUUCCAGCCUAAAUAUUCCCCCUAUUUUUCUAAGUCGAAGGUGGUGGGAGGAACUAUAAAAGUGAAUACAUCACUACGUGCAGAAGUUUCUGCGAUGUUUAGUUACCUUUUUGUAUUAUUUUAUCGGUAAUUUCGAAGUGUUCCGACCAAAGAUGGAUUCUGAGGAUGCCCAGAAGAUGGCCAUCAUGAGGAAGGCCUUCCAGAUGUUCGACACCACCAAGUGUGGUUACAUCGAAACGUUGAAGAUCUCCACCAUCUUGAACACGAUGGGACAACUCUUCGACGACCACGAGCUAAGUCAACUGAUAAAGAAGAACGACCCGGACAAUAGUGGAAAGGUCAAUUUCGAUGGAUUCUGCAAUAUUGCUUCGCAUUUUUUAGAGGAGGACGAUGACGAGUCCACGCAGCAAGAACUCAAAGAGGCUUUCAGAUUGUACGACAGAGAAGGAAAUGGUUACAUUACAACAGCUACCCUCAAAGAAAUUCUUGGUGCUCUCGAUGACAAUUUGAGCAGUAGGGACCUAGAUGGAAUUAUAGCCGAAAUUGAUACCGAUGGAUCUGGAACCGUAGACUUCGAUGAAUUCAUGGAAAUGAUGACUGGAGAUUAACUUGUCCAAAUGGCGGAAUGGAAAUGAUCCAAUGAAAAAUUUAUUUUAAAUACUUAAUAUCUGAAUAAUGUAACAUUAUUGACUGAAUAAAUAAGUUGACUCGG